AAAUUUAAUUUUAAGUAAGGAAUUAUUUAAUUAUAUUAAACAUCUCAUUUAAUUCCACAGAAAUUACCAAUGUCUCGGUAUUAUUUAUAAAAUUUCCGGAAAAUCAAACUCCAUUUUAUGUCAUUAUUUUUAGUAAUAAAUAUAUAUUGUAUUUAAAAUGACGGACUCAGGUAGAAGUGACGUGAAAAAUUGAAGAAACAUCCAAGAAAAACAGUUGUGUUCAAAACAAUAAUAAAUAUCGUGCAUACCAAACAGAUAAACUAUGAAAAAAGAUUAACUAAACCCAAAGAAAAUUCCUCAAUCCAUUUAAUCAAUUACUUACAGUCACAUUAGAGGAAAACUUUUGUAUUAAAUCAUGGAUUCAAUGAUUCAUUUGAUCAUGAAUUCAUUUGAGAUGAUUCGAUAAUUAACAAAUCUGUAAGAAAAAUUCGUUCAUCACCUUUACCAAUUGGCUACUGAAUUUAACUUCUUUGAUUCAAUUCAUCAACGAAGAUGUCAUGGGUUUUUAAUUAAUCUCUCGAUCAUCCAGAGUGUGCAACUGGUGACUAAUUCAGUAAAUGACAAGUCUAAUAAUUAUAUUGAGGCUGUUAUCAUUAAAAUUUCACAUUCUUCAGCAACUCGACUUUCCUCUAGAUAUAUUUUUACAAAUUUAAUAGUAGAAUAUUUACGUUCUGUCAGUCUCCAUGAGGAGACGUCCAUUAAAUAAAUAUUGAGAGCAAUACCAACUUGUCAAUUAAUAAAUAAAUCAAUUGAAUUUUUGUCUAUUCCAAUGGCUAGAGAAUUGCCUAGAGAGAUUUCCAACAAAAAUUUACUGUUAAAAUGCAAUUGUUUUCCUAUUUCCAUAUAAACUUAGCACAAAUUCCAGGAAAUCCACAAGAAUUUUCCUCUAAAAUUUUUCUCUACCCUGCCAACAAUUAAUUUCGAGUAAAACGAUUGUGGACCAAAAACAUAAUAUUGAAUUCCCCUGAAACUCCAAACAAUUACCUAACUCAACCAAUUAAUAAUACCAGUGUGUACCCCAAGGUUAUUAAUUAAAUAUCCACUUGAUUUUUCAAUGACACCGCAUUGUGCUCUCGAUUGAGUUUAUUCCUGAAACCACCUGAGAUUCCAGGGCACCCUGAAGGUUAUGUGGCCCUGAGUAUCAAUACCUGAAAGUCCUUCCUCCCCUCCCAAAUGACUUUUUAAAAAACCCACUAAAACCCUGAAAAAAAAACCUACAAGUCCCCCUUUCGAAAGAAAAACUCGGAAAACCCCUCCCAAGAUACUUUAAUAGAUGGGCUGGGUCUUAAAAAUCCACCCAAUGCCACCUCCCCUGAAAAACCAAUUUAGACCACAACUAUAAGCCCACGAUUACACGUGAUUGGCGACAAUUGUCACAGAGGUGAAGCCACAACAAUAAGCACAAGUGCAAGCAAAACAGAUGAUUAAUGAACCCCCCAGUUCCGGGUAUAUGGUGAUCACCGACUGACGUGAAAAAAUUGACGUGUCGUUGUCUCAGUCUAAACCCCCUGAAUAUAUAUAUUUUCUCGUUUAUUCUAGGUUAUCCUAGUGGGUAACAUUAACAACGAUACCAAACGAGACUAGAACAUCGAGGUCACCCCCAAAUCGGAUUAAUUUAAGUCAAUGUAGGAUACUCAAUACAUACUCCCACUAAGUAGUCUAUUCGCCACGAGUCGUUUGGUUGUUUUGGUUGUCGAGUUUUUCUAUUCAAUAGGCCCCAGUGGAUCACGCCAAAAUAAUUCCCGUAAUCAGUCAAUCUUUCUUCACUUUUUUUUAUUAAUCCUCUCACUCGCACUUCUGCUCGACCUGACGUACGGAGAAUAAGGCCCGUUGCCUUGGUGAAUGUUGGGACAUUUUUGAGGGCUUUUUUUUAAAAUCCUUCUUCGAUUUGGAGGUGAGCUGGGUGUUUUUUUUGUUUGUUGGGCGAAAUGAAGGGGACUUGUGCUAUCGCGGGGCUCCGAAUUUUACCUCUCUAUAUGGUAACACCUCGGGUUGUGAACAACCGACAACUACGUGCUUCUACGAUAUAUUCAACAUCACCAACAUCACGAACGCCACCACCAACUUACUCAACCGCCGCCUACACCAGCCAGAGACCACCUAACGGAAAUUCAAAUCGUCCUUUUAUUCGUCCCUCCACUAUCCGCCAGCUGAUUAUGGAUCUGGAGAACUGCAAAGCGCAGGGAGAUCGAUCUUCGGGACACCAUGAGGAUCCUACAGGACACAAGAAGUGGUAUCGACAGGCUAGUCAAAGAAUAUUCGUCAAUAGGAGUCUCCAUCUGGAGAACAUAAAAUUCUAUGGAUUUGAUAUGGAUUAUACACUGGCUGAGUACAAAUCACCUCAGUAUGAGCAGUUGGGCUUCAAUUUACUGAAGGAGCGUCUGGUUUCGCUGGGAUAUCCACAGGAGAUUCGUGCCUUUGAAUAUGAUCCUAGCUUUCCCGUCAGAGGCUUGUGGUUCGAUACUCUGUAUGGAAACUUGUUGAAGGUCGAUGCUUAUGGAAAUAUUCUCGUUUGUGUUCAUGGAUUUGAAUUUCUAAAGCAUUCACAAGUAUACGAACUCUACCCCAACAAGUUCCUUCAGCUCGAUGAAAAUCGCGUCUACGUCUUGAACACGCUCUUCAACCUCCCGGAGACGUACCUAAUCGCCUGCCUCAUUGAUUUCUUCACAAAUUCGCCUCAGUACACCCGAGAGAAAACAGGAGUAAAGGAGGGAGAGCUCACUAUGAGUUUCAAGAGUAUCUUCCAGGACGUGAGGAACGCAGUGGACUGGAUCCACAUUCACGGGGACUUGAAAUCAAAAACCACUGAGAAUCUUGAGGAGUACGUGAAGAAAGACGAACGUCUUCCCAUGUUCCUCCGGAGGAUAAGAGAGAGUGGGGCCAAGGUCUUUCUUCUUACAAAUAGUGACUAUGUCUUCACUGACAAAAUCAUGACGUAUCUCUUUGAUUUUCCUUAUGGCGCACGACCUGACGAGCCGCAUAGCGACUGGAAAACUUAUUUCGAUACUAUCGUCGUCGAUGCCAAUAAACCAUUGUUCUUCGGGGAGGGAACCAUCUUGCGGCAGGUGGACACAAGAACUGGAGCCCUGAAAUUGGGAACACACAAGGGUCCCCUCCACACAGGUGAAGUUUACUCCGGAGGAUCCUGUGACGUAUUCACAGAGAUGAUUGGAGCCAAAGGAAAAGAUGUUCUCUACAUUGGUGACCACAUCUUCGGAGACAUCCUGAAAAGUAAGAAAAUCAGGGGAUGGAGGACAUUUCUGAUUGUUCCUGAACUCGUGCAAGAGCUCCACGUCUGGACUGACAAGUGCCAGCUAUUCGCCGAACUGCAGAAUCUCGACGUUAUGCUUGGGGAGAUGUACAAGAACCUCGACAGCAGCACAAAGGAAAAGCCUGAUAUCUCGAAACUCAGGGCUUCUAUCAGAGACGUCACUCAUAAAAUGGAUCUGGCUUAUGGUAUGAUGGGGUCAUUGUUCAGGUCUGGAAGCAGACAGACCUUUUUUAGUAGUCAAGUCGUGAGGUACGCUGAUCUGUAUGCAGCUACGUUCCUGAAUCUCAUUUAUUAUCCCUUCUCGUACAUGUUCAGAGCUCCUGCCAUGCUGAUGCCACACGAGAGCACAGUGGCACACGAGCAACGUUUCGUAAUGGAGACCCCAAUGAUAAGCAGAACAAGGACAUUCAAACUCUCGUACGAGGAUGAACUGCAGAAUCACCCAGCAGCCAAAGCCCUGGAGGUUGAAAAUAAUGUUCUAAUUCCCCAUGCGAGACCAGAAACCCCUCGUAAUGUGACUCACACGCACGACGAAGACUGCAGCGACGAGGACAGCGACUCCCAGAAGCUGAAUUCACGAAAGUCUAGCAACAGAAAGUCCAGCUGUAACUAAUGCACCCUGAGCUAUCGUUAAUUUUUCUAGAAUCUAGAUUUUUCGACUAGUGGAACCACAAAAGUGAGACUGAGAUAGCAAAACCAAGUUUCUUGAUUAUGAAAAUUAAUGAAAAUAAGUGAAUAGCUCAUUUUCUGUCUGCGUGGCUCCACUGGACCAUCCGUCAGCAAUUUUAAUUGUCUGGUUUUUUUUUCUCCCUUUGAAUAUCUCAAUUCACUCAAAUUAUCGACGUGCCAGUUAUUGAUGAGAGAUUUUGGAUUUUAAUGGUUAGAUUGAGGUUUGUGAAUGAUUUAUCAGGUGAAAGUAUAUGUUUUCAACUUGUCAUCAUUGAAAUCCAAAAUUAUCUCAAUUAUUUUUUUUUAGUGUACAUAAGUUGACGAUCGCUAGACGAUCCCUUUUCCAAAGUACAACGAAUGAUUAGUCUUUUUAUUCUAGUUCAGCCACUAGACGUAACUUUUAAUACAAAGAGCAUCUUCUGAUGAUGAAUAAAAUUGCAAAUUGAAGGGUUUGACGUGCCUAAUUAAAUAAUCAAAAUUCUAUUCGGUUUUUACAUCCAGUUGUAGACUCAAUUGCUCACGUUGUCACGUUCAAGCCGACAAUACUAACGGAUUAAAUUGUAUUUAGGCCUUUAGGUAGGUGAUACGAUAAUUAAAUAUUACAAAUAUUCGUUGGAUAUCCUCAUUGCAGUUAUCGAGGGUAAAUGAGAUUUGAUGAGUGAAAAUUUUCUUUUUUGCGUUAUGAUGAAUUAGUUAUCGCACAAAUUGUUGAAUUAAUAAUGAAAAGUUCAGUACUCUAUUGAAAUUCAGAAUGAAUUAUCGAACCUACAGAUUUUUUUAGUUCCUUUUUGUAGAGUUUAACAAAUUCUGUAGUGAAAUUUUCACGUAAUUAUUGCACAACGUUAACGUUACGUUUGGAAAGUAAGAAUAUCCGACCAAUCAAUGGAUCAACGAUUAGUCACUGAUUUCUUGGUGAAGAUGGAUUUUAAGUGCAUUAUUCUCGUAUUAAACUGUACAAUACCCCAGGACUUGUAUAGAAAAUACCUUUUAUUUUGAAUAAAUUAAUAUAUUGAAUAUAAUGUAA